CAAACAGGCGGUGAGAAAUCGCGGACGUGGUACGAUUUGGUGGGCAGGACUUCCGGCGGAAAAGAGGGCUGUCUCGGAAACUCGGAGGUGGGUUCCUUCCGGGUUUCUAACUACGGCUGCAGGGCUGCUGUUUAGAGUCUUGUGAAGAUGGCUUGCGCUGCCGCGCGGUCCCCGGCGGACCAGGACAGGUUUAUUUGUAUCUAUCCUGCUUAUUUAAAUAAUAAGAAGACCAUCGCAGAGGGAAGGCGAAUCCCCAUAAGUAAGGCUGUUGAAAAUCCUACAGCUACAGAGAUUCAAGAUGUAUGUUCAGCAGUUGGACUUAACGUAUUUCUUGAGAAAAAUAAAAUGUACUCUAGAGAAUGGAAUCGUGAUGUCCAAUACAGAGGCAGAGUCCGGGUCCAGCUCAAACAGGAAGACGGCAGCCUCUGCCUUGUGCAGUUCCCAUCACGUAAGUCAGUAAUGUUGUAUGCAGCAGAAAUGAUACCUAAACUAAAAACAAGGACACAAAAAGCAGGAGGUGCUGACCAAAGUCUUCAACAAGGAGAGGGAAGUAAAAAAGGGAAAGGAAAGAAAAAGAAGUAACCUAGUAUCAGCAUCAAGUAUGUGGUACUACUGUAAGAGACAUGAAUGGAGACUUCUGAUUUGUAUCAGAGGGAAACAGAAGCUUUUUGUUUGCAUCAUUUAACUGAACUGUGAACGCUUGUGCCUCUCAUCUUUAUCAUCGGAGUUGACAGUGAAACAAAUUUACGUCAGAAGUUUGCAUCUCGCUUUUAUGCCGUAUAAAGGAAUUUCUUUGUCUUUCAAUGCAGUUUUUUUUGAAGAAAGAAUAUUUUUAAAUGGACAAUGGACUGUACAAUAAGUUACUUGAAAUGAGUUACUUGUUUCAGAUAAAUUUCAAUUCGAUUUAAAAUAAACAUUUUGUCCACCUUUUAAGUUAAUGAAAUAAAAUUUGAAACUGAC